AGGAGUGCUGCUCGUACAGAAACCGACGCCUGCAGUACGAGCUCGCUGGCCAUGACUUGCAGAAGGGCUUCUUCAAAUGUUCUUAUGGUUCUCCUGGCCAUUUCCUUGCUCGCAGUACUUGACCGUCCCAUAGCCCAUGCUGGCCAUGUCAAGGACCCGUCCAUGUCGACCGGCGAGCAUUCAUCCACAGAGAAAGGAUUACAAGGGAGGAGGAAGCCCGGCAUGGAGAACACCAAGAGAACUGAAACCGUGGGAGUGACGGGAUCAACGGGCACUGGGGCACAAAAUUCAGUCGGGCCAAACUUCGGCCACGGAGCGAGUUCGGAGUUCGCCGAGGUAGUGGUUGAGCGCUACGGACCGAGGCCUCACCCUAAAAAACACAAUUAAGUUUAGGUAUCUAUCGAAGUCUUGAUGUAUCUAUUUGAUUUAGACUAGUUUUUUUUCUCUCCUUUUCCUUUUCUUUUCUCUCUAUAGGUGAAGAUAGGAUAGCUAGGAUGGAUCAAAGUCUAUAGGUCAUAGUGUACCGGUCAGAUGUUGUCACUGAGAAGUUAAUCUUGAUAGAGAUUAACAUCUUUCGUAUCGAAUAGUACUGAUGUUUUGAGUUUCGUCAUUCAUGCGCCGGCUGAUCAGUUCAACCCAAGCUAUUAGCUGUUCAAUCGCUCCCCUUCAAAUUUGGCUGUGCUUUUUUUU